AUGGCCGACGAGAAACCCAAGGAAGGAGUCAAGACUGCGAACGACGAUCAUAUUAAUUUGAAGGUGUUGGGACAGGAUGGUUCUGUGGUGCAGUUUAAGAUUAAGAGGCAUACACCACUUAGUAAACUAAUGCAAGCCUAUUGUGAACGGCAGGGUUUGUCAAUGAGGCAGAUCGGAUUCCGGUUUGAUGGGCAACCAAGCAAUGAAACAGACACACCUGCACAGUUGGAAAUGGAGGAUGAAGAUUGA